GGCUAUGCUGAAAGUAGCCUGGGAGAAGAUAUGCGCCGAUCGAUACGCUGACUUCACCUAUAGGAUGAGAAGAAGCGGUAAGAAACAACGGUGCGUGUCUCAGGAGAUAUGGGAGAGCUGGCAAAAGGCUUGGGAGGAUCCUGCAUUCAAGAGAAAGCGGGAGAUGUUUGCACAAAACAGGCGCAGUGAGACUGGCGGGGAUGGAGCAGGACCUUCGCGACACACAGGCGGAUCUAUAUCUGCUAUAGAGACAGCUCGAUUAUUAGCUAAAGAAUUAGGUCGUGAGCCCACACCGAUGACAGACGUGCGCUAUGUAAGAGAAACUAUACUCUAUACUACAGCUCGGGAGCGUAUUGUUACUUCUCAGACCGAUGAAUCCGAAGCUGAGUCAAGAAUUGACGAGGUAGCACUUUAUCUCGAGGCUGUCGGGGGCGAGAAGAAGAGUAAGGUAUACGGCAUCGGGUCUCAGGCAUCACAGUUUUACACUAGGUCAGCAGCUCACGCUUCUACAGCCAGCGCAGCACGACAGCCGGAGCACAGCGACUCACACUGUGAUGAUGAUAUAUGGGCUCAGCUUGCUGAUCCGCAAAGACAGAUUGCAGAGCUUAGAGCGCAUGUGAUGCGGCUGUCUGGUGAGCACCGUGCUGGUACUUCUCCCUCUGAUCUUGCUCCUGCUACAGACCGACAUGUUUCGACGUCUUCGAGGUCUCCGCAGCAGCCACUUACCAGGCUCCUGAUCCCGAUGUAUGCUGCAAGACGAUGUACCUUGGUCACCCCUCCUGCGCUACAUCACAAUCCAGCAGGUAUCUCCGGCGAUCCGACUUGCGGGGACAUCGGGAGAUCCGACAUCGGAUCCUGCAGAUGA